AUGGCGGAAAUAUACGACCAGCCUCAGCAUGAUGCACUCCAACGUCUCAACCAAACACUCCUACAGAUCGACCCCUAUGUUCUCCCACCAUACCCAAAUCUUUCCCUUGUCACAGGGCCUCUGGAUCCACCACUCCUUCAACUAACCCUCUCUCAACUACUCCAAAAGCAAGCUUUAUGCUACCCCAACAAUGAAGCUGUCGUCAUACCAUGGACUGGCGCACGCUGGACCUACCAAAAGCUAUGGGAAGAGUCGAGCCUGCUCGCAAGAGCAUUGUUGAAAGAAGGUGUAAGACCACGGGAUAGAAUAGGUAUCAUGAGUGGAAACUGCGAAAAAUACAUUGCACUAUUCUUUGCCUGUGCAAGGGUUGGAGCAAUAUGCGUUACCCUAAACAACACAUAUACUUCGACAGAGAUGGAGUUUGCUUUGAGACAUACGACGUUAACAAGAGCAGAGUGUAGGAUCCUCUUCACUACGCCCAACAUUGUUCGUUUUGACAAUACUCCGCUGCUAGAAAGACUGAGUCGAGACGACGUAGUCUCAGCUCUUCCAGAACUCAAGGCUGUGUGCCUCAUACGAGGCCAACAUCAAUCCUUCACUACAUAUUCAUCCUUUAUUGAUAAUGCGCACCACAUCCCAGAACAUAUCCUCGACAUCUUUGACGGCAUAGUCAGCCCUCACGACGUCGCCAACUUGCAGUUCACCAGUGGAAGUACGGGAAAGCCAAAAGCAGCAAUGUUGACACAUUACAACCUUGUCAAUAACUCGCGCUUCAUAGGCGACCGAAUGCAACUUACCCCCUCGGAUACUCUCUGCUGCCCACCUCCACUCUUCCACUGCUUUGGCCUCACCCUCGGUGUUCUCGCCGUACUAACCCACGGCUCAACCAUUGUCUUCCCCGCCGAAGCCUUCGACCCCGUUGCAUGCAUGCACGCCAUCGCUGCAGAAAACUGCACCGCUCUACAUGGCGUCCCUGCAAUGAUGGAGUCAAUAAUGGACGUGCCACGCCCAUCGGGCUGGCAAAGCAAGCUACGCACUGGCAUUGUGGCUGGGAGCCCCGUCCCCAAGUGGCUCAUGGAGCGCAUGGUAUCGGAACUAGGCAUGACGGAUUUUACAUCUUCGUAUGGAUUGACGGAAGCGAGUCCCACUGUGUUCAACGCACAUACUACCGACUUGCUACAUGCGCGCUUGACUACCGUUGGCACUGUCAUGCCCCAUGCCAAAGUCAAGAUUGUAGACCGCAACGACCGCGUCGUACCCAUCGGCGUCAGAGGCGAGCUCUGCAUCGCCGGGUACCAGGUGUGUCGCGGAUACUGGGAGAAUGCAGAAAAGACGGCUGAACUCAUCAUCAAUGAUGAAUAUGGGGAGCCCUGGCUUCAUACGGGAGAUGAGGCAGUCUUGGACGUAGAUGGGUAUUGUACCAUUACUGGUCGAUUCAAAGACAUCAUCAUCAGGGGAGGUGAAAACAUCUAUCCCCUCGAAAUCGAAGAACAACUCGUCGCACAUCCAUCCAUCACCCGCGCCAUCGUCGUCGGCGUCUCCCACCCACGCUACGUCGAAGUCCCCGUUGCAUUUCUCCUCCACGAGCCACACACAGACAAGCCAGAUCUACCAGAGGUACAAGCGUGGGUGAGGAAAGUGCUCGGCAGACACAAAGCACCAGUUCACAUCUUCUGGCUAGGAGAGGACUGCGAUGCCGAGGUGCCGCUUACCGGCAGUGGCAAGAUUAAGAAGUUUGUACUGAGAGAUGUUGCAGAGGGGCUUCUGAAGAAGGGGUAG